AUGUACCGGCGUAGACGAGGCACUUCCCGCCGAACCAAAGCUAAGGCUCAAGGUGCGUUGAACCGAGCCGAAGAGGAGCGUAGGAGGCGCCAUGAUGAGACUCUCCGGCGCAAGGACAUUCUUGAAAGGGAGCUGCGUGUAAGAAAUUCCCUCGCCAGAGAGGCUCAUCGCGAAAACGCGAGGACACUCGGACUUGCGAAUUCGAAGAACAACAAGCGAGAAGCGUGCGUGAUAGGGCUCGGAGGAGUCUUAGGACUGCAAAGAGCUACCUUCGUGAAGAGCAACGAUAUCAGAGAGAGAUGA